GUGAGGGGGCUGCAAAGGGCACCAGAUGGGAUCCUGUUGCGUUGAGCUCACCCCUCUUGGGAAAGCAAGUUAUUUUUUGAUCCACUCCUGAACGCUGAGCUUUGCAGGGGAUGGACAGGAACACCAGCACCAGAGGCAAGGAGGGCCAGUACAGGAGCCCCAGCCAGGAGGCAGAAAAUAAGCAUGAGGAGAAGGUCCAGGAUCCUGACAGAGGGAAGAACGAGACCAAAGCAGAGAUGGGGAGCAAAACCUGGGCAGACCUGGCUGGGGAGAUGAAGAUAUUCCUGUGGAACCCGGAGGAGAGAACAUGCCUGGGGAGAACAGCCAAGAGCUGGGGCCUGAUCUUACUGUUUUACUUUGUUUUCUACACGUGUCUGGCGGGAAUGUUUGCCUUUUGCAUGUACGUGAUGCUGCUCACGCUGAGCCCCUACACGCCCAGGUUCCGGGACCGUGUGUCUCCACCGGGAGUGAUGAUCAGGCCAUACUUGAAUGGGUUCACCAUUGCCUUCAACGUCUCUCAGCCCAACACGUGGCAGCCCUAUGUGGACAACAUGCACCACUUCCUAGCAGCUUAUGAUGACAAAGUUCAAGAAGAGAAGAACAUCGAGUGUGUCUCGGGACAGUACUUCAUCCAAGGGGGUGAUGACAGUGAGGAGAAGAAGGCCUGUCAGUUCAAGCGCUCGCUGCUGCAGAACUGCUCCGGCAUCGAGGACCCAACGUUUGGGUACUCCAAAGGCCAGCCCUGCAUCCUGCUGAAGAUGAACCGGAUCAUAGGCUACCGCCCUGGUGCUGGGGUCCCUGUGAGCGUGGACUGCAAAGUGCAGAAAGGCAAUGAGAGCCAUCUCAGGUCCGUGGACUUCUACCCUGGGAACGGGACGUUUGACCUCAUGUAUUAUCCCUACUACGGCAAGUUCACUCAUGUCAACUACACAUCCCCACUGGUGGCCAUGCACUUUACAGACGUGGAGAAGAAUCACUUGGUCCCCAUUCAGUGCAGUCUGAAUGGCAAAGGGAUUAUCAACGACCUUAACAGCGACCGUUUCCUGGGCCGAAUCAUCUUCACACUCAGCAUCGGGAAGUAGCCACUGCCAACACCAGGCACUUAGGUUAAGUCAAUUAGAGCCUUUUUCCUUUUUAAAGCAUCAAGCCAGCAUUUUUUCAGCUAGGAAAAACAGGCACAUGGAGAUUAUUGUUAAUUUAUUUCUUGUUCAUAGUUAGGAAACAAAUGAAAAGCAACGGAGCAUGGAUCCACGUUUUUCAUCACCUGAUGUAAAUCAUUAUUAGUAAAAAUUGAGUUAUCUCCUGGGCAGAGAACCUGCAAAAGCAUUUCAGUUCUGAUUCAAAAAAACUCCAGUAUCCGAAAGCUA